ACUCGAGAUGGAACAACGUCUAAAAAAGGAGGAGGAAGAAAGAAAUGCAAGACGUAAGCGCGUUGAAGCUAUUAUGUCGAGAACACGGAAGAGUCAAGCCAAUGCUCAAAAAGACGAAGGAGAUGACGGUGAAAAGUCGAAAGAGGACAGUCCGAGUGAUGAAAGUAACCCCGUGCCAAGCAGCAAAUCUGAAGCUCAGGGUUUGACAAGAAGUUUGAUAUCUGAAACAACCCAGCAGCUGAUAAACAGUGAGCAGCGUGCCCAUUCCAAUAGCAUAUCACUGAUAAAUACCGAGCCUAACUACGGCCUCCUACUGCACCACUCCAACGGCACAAAUCAGUCAAACGGCGUCAUGAGCAUUGAAAAUAGUAUGAAUAGCAAAUCACUCUUCGAUAAUGGAAAUAGUACUGCGCAGCAGCAGGAACUCAAUGGCCACCAUAACAGUAUGAGACAUGACAAUGGCUUGGUCACUGAUACAACGAUCGUUGCUUUGGAUCAUGCCACGGUAAGACCGAGUUUACUAAUAAAAUCGUAGGACUAAAAUCUUUUAAUUUUUUUAUGCCAUGAUGUCCAUUGUGUAUGAAAUAUUAAAUAAAUGUGAGUGUAUAUUCAGAAUGUAAAUUACUUGUUUAAAUAAAUAUUUUUCAUUGUUUGAUGUUAUGAACAAAUAAAAAAAGAGAUCCAACUUUGUUUUACCUGUAAUAAUUUGUUAGACUUUUAUGUGAAAAUUCGAUACAUUACUAUAGAAUAUCAUCAACUGAACAAGUAGAAAGUCAAUCACAGACAUUCAAGCAGUAAUAGCGAAGUUAUAGAUGAAAAAAUUAACAAUAUUAGGAAAAAUAAAUUUUAUAAUGAGAUAUAACCAACUGCCUUAAAUAUUUUUAAAAAAUUUAACUUUGUAGAGGAUUGCCCGAAAAAUUUGGGAAAAUAAAAGAACGAUAAUGCAA